AUGAAACCGUCCACAGCGGUAGCAGCGUUCGAUGCAGAUAUUCGAGUCCUACCGUUGCCCAAGGGAAACCCGGAUUAUGAAGGCGAACUUUUACAAGGCCGUCACCAUAGGCAAAACGGGCAGAACAUCUCUAAGCAAGACGCGAUCUCUUACGUUGUUGGCUACGCUGCGUCAAAUGACGUCUCAGCAAGGAUGUGGCCGAAUGAAUGUGCUUAUGGCGUCGGUGCAACGUUUGCAAAAUCCUUUCACUCGUUUAAUCCUCUAGGACCUGUGCUGGUUGCACCCUCCAUUGUCGGCUCCACAGAUAACCUGAAGCUACGCACUACAGUCAAUGGAGGGUUGCGUCAGGACUCGAGCACAAGUGACAUGCUGUUUAAUGUUGCCGCCAUUAUCAGCUUCCUCAGCUAG